AUGGAACCAAUUUCCCUUAACUCUCACGGGUUCGUUAACCUCCUUGCCUUCCAGAGCAGUCAACCAAUAGAUAUUGGUUGUUCUGAGGUUCCAAAACCUGCGGAAAAGCGGAAGUGGACAACCAAAGAAGAUGUGGUGCUGAUCAGUGCUUGGUUGAACACCAGCAAGGAUCCAAUCGUGAGUAAUGAGCAGAAGGCUGGCUCAUUUUGGAAGCGCAUAGAGGAGUGUGUGAAUGCAAGCCCUCUGCUCGUUGGCUCCGUUCCUAGGGAGUGGAGUCAAUGUAAGCAGAAGUGGGGUAGGGUUAAUGAACAUGUUUGCAAGUUCGUGGGAUGUCACGAAGCUGCUUUGAAGGAGCAAGCCAGUGGACAAACUGAGAAUGAUGUCAUGAAGGCGGCUCAUGGCAUCUUCUUUAAUGACUACAAUGCCAAGUUCACUCUUGAACAUUGUUGGAGGGAGCUUCGGUUUGAUCAAAAAUGGAGAUCCCACACUUCGACACGAGAUGGUGCAAAGGAGAAGAGGAAGGAACCUGCGGAGGAGGUGGGUGGCGAGGAAGAUGUUAGGCCUCCCGGUGUGAAGGCUUCCAAAGCAGCAAAACGCAAGAAACACUUCAAUGAACCAGCGUUUGAUCAGAUAGAGAGCAUUUUAGAGAUUAUUGAUAUGUAUCCGUUUUUCUUUGUAGGUCACGGGUUCAAGGAGGAGGAUGCGUGUGGACGUGGUUGUAGGUCUCGGUUUCUUUAUGUAUCAUAUCAAGUCACGGGUAAGGUUGAUGGUUGUAGUAGUAUUAUGUCAGAUUGA